UCUAAAUAUUUCCUCCCAGUGGGUAUAUAAAUAUAUACAAAAAUCCAGUUAGUAGUUUAAUUACUUUCUUCUUUUGCUGGUUGUAGUGCUGGUAGAGGUUUUUAUGACCUGUUGCUUAGCAACUUUUAUCAACAGCAGCAAAGCACUUUCCCUUUCCUUAACCUUGUUAAAGUUAGGCUUGGUCACCUCUAGCACUCAUCAGCAGAGGAAAAUUAUUUCUAAAGUAAGGUAAAGUUGCUGCUCAGAAUCUAUGAGCUGUAGGAUGAGCUAUCUCUUCUUAGCUCCUGAAUUGCCUUUGCCCUUUAGUCCUCUCUCCCCUCAAGCUUUUGAAGAAAUCCAACGCCAUGCCGGGGAAGCCUGGAGACGGGAGGCUCAAAGAGAGGCCAACUGUGCAACAACAUAUUCUGCUGGUUAUGGAAAAAAGGAGCUGGCUGAAUCCGCAAGGUGCAGAACCAAACCCUCCUCUCCUACCAGGAUAAACAGACCUCAUCCACCAGAAGUGUUUAUGGUAAACCAGCUUCAUUAUAUACCUGGAUAUUACAACAGUGAUAAACAAACUGCUGCAGAUGACAAAGGCAAAUGCUAUGAACAUCCAGGUUACAGAGAGGAUUCUAAAUAUGUCAGACAACGGGUAGUGUAUCAAAAUAUGUACUCUGGUGCUUCAAAGUCACAUCAGGCAGCUCAGAACUGGAUAAAACAUGCCAGUGAAAAUGAGGGCAGAAAUAUUGAGAAAACAAAAAGUUGUGUAGCAGAAAGUCAGAAGAUGCAGACUAUACCACACAAGGCAACUUCCCAGCAGAGUAACAAGCCCGAGUUUGUUGUUUCAAUGAAUCACUGGUUGAAGAAAGCUGGAAAAGAAGAAACAGCUGAAGUGGAGAGCGCGAGGCAAUCUUUUCUCAAACGUAACUGAUUAUGCAGCAAGGGCGAUGUAAAAAAUAGAAGCACCUUUCCUAUAACAUAACUAGUUACCAAUUGACGCAGGAGCAGGAUUAAACACAAGACUGAGAAAGCAUGAUACAGCAUUGUAGUAUUCACUAUGAGGUGCUAACAUGGUACUCAAGGAUUAGAAUAUUUGUUCUAGGAAUACAACCAAGAAUUCUCCAGCUAAUUAGAAGUUUAUACCAGGUCUUGAUUUGCACUGAAGAUUGCUUUGAAUAAGAUAAUUCCUUCAUUACAGUGGUUCAAUAUUCUAUUCUAACUUCAUUUCAAAGUGUCAAGCUCUUGUUUUGAUAAGUAGUGCCCUCACCUCCAUGACUCUUGGCAAUUUGUCUGACCUUGGAGCGGCGUAGAUGUUUCCCCUCUCUCCAUCUCUCCUGUGCAUCUGAAUGUCUUAAUGGCAUUAUCCUUUUUUUAUGUUGAUCUUUACAAGACGUUGACAAAACAUACACGCUGUGUUGGAUGACAGAAAAAUUCACAUUAUUUCACCAAAAUGUACUAAAUGACUAUUAAAGGCCAGAUUCUACCACCUUUACUCACACGAAGUAGCACCGUACUCCACAAUUAGUUCCGCUGGUUUCAAUUGGGCUACCUGUGGAGUAAGAUACUACUCAAUAUGAGUAAGGGUGGCAGAAUCUGGUUGUAAAUGAGAAUUUCAUAGCUUUUAAGGGGAUUAUGAUGAUCUAAUCUCCUUAUCAUUGACACUAUUUCCUUAUAAUUUACCUAAAGGCUAUCAUGAAUAAUUAGUCAGACUUUUACAAGGGAUGCUAGGAGGGACCUUUAUUAAAUUCUGUGUUGUGGCUGUCACAACAAGGCUUUCAUUUAUACACCCAACCUACAGUCUGAAGGAUCUCAAAGUACUUUAUAAGGAAAAUCAUACAAGUGAUAUUUAGGGAUCACUACUAAAAUACCUGUGGUGGAACACAGCAACUUUUUAACAGUACACAACAAUACUACACAUUAGCUUUAGGAAAGGAAGUGACGAAUGCUGUAGUCAAUUAAAAUACAGGGGGAAUAUUUGGAAGGUAGAUAGAAUGUAUUUACAUAAAAUUACAUUUGGCUAGCAAGUACAGAUUAUAUUUUUGCUCUUACAAUGCCUCAGAAGGUCAAGACCUCGCUUAUAUCUCAGCUGAAAGACAGCACUUUCAGCCACACAGUAUGCCCCUUAAAAAUAUACUGGAGCAUUGGUUCAUUAAUGAAUCAAAGGAAAAAGUGCCACAUCCUGAAUCAUGCAGUACCACCUCAAACAGUAUAUAAGUGCUUUGGAGGUCUUUGGAGUACUGAGCAGGUCCCACUCUGCUUAGCUUGUGAGAUUAGAAAAGAUUCCAACACAAGGCAGUAUGGCGGAAGGCCAAAUAGUCAAUUAUUAAUUUCCUUACAUUUUCCUACUUGUGAUCAAGAAAUAUAUAAAAUGUAACAACAACUGGAAUUACAAAAAAAAUUGCAGAAUUUUCUCAUGGUUAAAAUUGAAUAAAAUGUCUGUCUUACCUUUUUAUGUCUGUUACUCCUGUUGGGAAUACUUCCCUAUCCGCAUUUUUAAAAAAUCCUUAAAGUUAGAUAGAGUAGUUAACAAACCAAUGGAGGGGGAGGGGAAAAAAGAAAAGAAACCAGAGUAUAGCCAACCUUUUUUAAUUAGAGUAUAUUGUACUUCCAAACUGGAUACACUAGAAAUUGGCAAUGCAACAUAAGAUGCAAAGGAAUAUACCAGUUACUGUCAAAAUGACCCUGUACAGCCUUAUAAUGCAAAAAGCUUUAUACAAUACAAAUUUUUAUUAAUGUACACAAACCUUGACAGUGUGAUAUUUGAACAUAAUACAAGUAAAAAAGGACAGGAGAAAGAAAGAAAGUGCUG